AUGGAAAGCAAUAGCGGUUUUCUUGAUCACAGGGGGACGUUACAAGACGAGUGCACAGUCAUAUGCGAUACGAAUAGGGAAACUACUCACAAGGUUGCUGAAAACUCUUCGACAGCCCACGAUCGCUUUCGCCGUUCUGCUCUGGGCUUAUCAGGUAGGCGCAGUUCGCGAGAUUCCGUCAAUCUCAUGUUCUACGUGAAACCUAAUUGCACGAAAUCAGCGAAAUACACUCAUUUGCAUUAUGUUAUCAUAAAUGAAACUACUCACAAGGUUGCUGAAAACUCUCCGACAGCCCAUGACCGGUUUCGCCCAUCUGCUUCGGGCUCAUCCGGUAGGCGCAGUCCCCGAGUUUCCGUCAACCUCAUGUUCUUUUUGAACCCAAAUUGGACUGUUCUCGAGAAAUACACUCAUUUGCAAAUCAAUUUGGUUUUCAUAAGAUAUUCAACUGAAUCUCUCGUUUAUGGUAUUCUACAACUGAAUGUGCUGAUGAAUGUUCGGGGUUCAAAUGCCGGCACGUUCAUUGGAUAUGCACUGCUGAUGAGCUCUAAUAAGAGCGAAAUGCAAGUCCAGGGUGUUAAUGCACGAAGCAGUUACAAGCACUUUUUUGAGGAAACUACUCACAAAGUUGCUGAAAACUCUUCGACAGCCCAUGACCGGCCUACCCUUCUUGGGGUGCAUCAGCUAGGCGCAGUCCCCGAGUUUCCGUCAACCUUAUGUUCUACUCGAACAAGAGAUUCAAUUGAGUCACUCGUGAAAACCAAACUGAUUUGCGAAUGA